GCUAGACGCUCUAGCUCACAGCAGCCGCCGAAUUUAAAGAGACAUGCACCACUUAUUUAAAUAAAACGACCAUUGGUGAAAAAUUCGAUACAUUCUUUCUCGUUCCCUACGUGCGAAUCGUUUGCUGUUUAUCGCCGAUUCGUACGCUCGAUGGUGUCGUUUUAAAAGAGAGUGAGCGGUCGGAACACACUUGGCAGGAUCUCUUUUCUUUUUCUGCGGGCUUGGGCUGGAAGAGUAUACUGGAGUAACUGGGUGGCCGUAAAGUAGACUGGACUUGUGGGGGGAAGAGAGCUGGGUGGCCCCCUAAACGAAGUGAUUUUAGCACGUCGGAACCAUCCGCAAAUACGGAGGGACGGUAAAUCAUCGCGGCUUGGGUGGCUGUUGGUGUUGGGGAAGGAAACACCAUGGCGAAAAUUCAGGCACACAGCAGCACUGCGAAGCAAAUCAACCAGAUCCAAGACAAGGCCUAUGUGGUUCAGAAGCAAGUCCAACAGCAGCACUUUCAGAAACUAAAGGUGGAGGAUGCCUUAUCUUACUUGGAUCAAGUCAAAAUACGGUUUGGGAAUGAUCCUGGAAUAUACAAUAAGUUUCUGGAUAUCAUGAAAGAGUUUAAAUCUCAAAGUAUUGACACGCCAGGCGUUAUCAACAGAGUUUCUCAGCUCUUCCAUGGACAUCCAGAUCUCGUGCUGGGGUUUAAUGCCUUCCUACCACCUGGGUAUCGGAUUGAAAUUCCCAAAAAUGGAAUGGCAUUUCUCCAGUCACCAUUUUCCGUGCAGGUCUCUCCCGGGCCAGGAAGAAGCACGGGCAGUUCUGUGGUUAGUGCCGCUUCAUCAGCAUUGGCUGAAGCUGGGUCAGCUCAGAAUGAAGCAGUCACCUCUCCGGAGAGCAUUGCUUCGUCGUCCGGACCUCCCGAACAAUCGAGCAGGUUGUCACUUCCUCUACCUAGCCGAGAGAGCCAAUCACAGCCGGCCACCACAUCAGUGUCGCCUCCCACAUCAGAGCCGAGUCCUGUGGAGUUUGACAGCGCCAUCAGUUACGUCAAUAAGAUCAAAAACAGAUUUUUGGACAACCCUGAGACCUAUCGAGCCUUUCUGGAAAUUCUGCAUACAUACCAGAAGGAACAGCUGGAGGUGAAGGAGAACAGAGGCCGUAGCAGUGGAGGAAUGACUGAAGAUGAGGUUUUCUCUAAAGUGGCGAGUCUAUUCAAAGGACAGGAGGAUCUGCUUGCUGAGUUUGGACAGUUUUUGCCUGACGCCAAGAGAUCUCUGUUCACUGGAGGGUCUUUGACUGGCAAAGACCAUCUGAAGAAAGUAGAAGAAGAAGAAAUGAAUAAACAGAGCAAGAAGAGGCCAAGACCCAUGUUAAUGCCCCACAUGACGCCGCUUUUGAAGAAGAAAAUGAAGUAUUCCUGUUCCAAGGACCCAUCUUUCGCCUCUGUCGGAAAACACGGGGUCCUUCGGGAGUUCACGUUCUUCGACAAGGUUCGGCGUCUGCUCAAGAGUCAGGAGGUGUACGAGAAUUUCUUGCGCUGUAUAGCCCUCUUUAAUCAGGAAGUGGUGUCAGGGGCUGAACUCAUGCAACUUGUGACUCCAUUUUUAGGGAAGUUUCCAGAACUCUACACCCAGUUUAAGUCGUUUUUGGGCGAUAAAGAGCUGUCUCAUGGAGUCUCGGGCCUCUCGGAGCGCUACAUGGAGGGUGGAGGCAGAGAAGUGGACUACGCUUCCUGUAAGCGUCUGGGAUCUAGCUACAGAGCCCUGCCCAAGACCUACCAGCAACCCAAGUGCACUGGCCGAACGGCUAUAUGCAAAGAGGUGCUGAAUGAUACCUGGGUCUCAUUCCCGUCCUGGUCUGAAGACUCCACUUUUGUGAGUUCCAAGAAAACACCUUAUGAAGAACAACUUCAUCGCUGUGAAGAUGAGCGUUUUGAGCUGGAUGUUGUCCUGGAGACUAAUUUGGCAACGAUCAGAGUUUUGGAGAGCGUGCAGAAGAAGCUGUCCCGCCUUUCGCCCGAGGAUCAGGAGCGCUUCCGAUUGGACGACUGCCUGGGCGGAACCUCUGAGGUCAUCCAGCGACGUGCGGUCUAUCGUAUCUACGGCGACAAGGCUCCGGAGAUCAUCGAGGGGCUGAAGAGGAGCCCGGCCACUGCAGUUCCUGUAGUACUCAAACGAUUGAAAGCUAAAGAGGAGGAGUGGAGAGAGGCCCAGCAGAGCUUCAAUAAAAUAUGGAGAGAGCAGUAUGAGAAGGCGUACCUGAAAUCUCUGGACCACCAGGGUGUGAACUUCAAACAGAACGACAUGAAGGCCCUUCGAUCCAAGAGUCUUCUCAAUGAAAUCGAGAGCAUCUAUGAUGAGAGACAGGAGCAGAGCACAGAAGAGAGCGGUUUGGGUCAACAAAGUCGGGACGGCUCCACCGGAGGUUCUGCCAGCGAGCCCCACAUGAUCUUCACCUACGAGGACAAACAGAUCCUGGAAGAUGCCGCCUCGAUCAUCAUCUACCACGUCAAACGGCAGCCCACCAUCCACAAAGAUGACAAGGACCACAUCAAACGCAUCAUCCAGCACUUCGUCCCUGACCUUUUCUUCUCCCGCCGCGGCGAGUUGAGCGAGACCGAGGAGUUCACGGAUGAAGAAGCCGAAGGGGAUGACAGCAACACUGCACCGGGAGGCGGAGUCUCAGCGGUGGGCAGUCAGCUGAACGGCGAUUCCAGAAGGCGGCGAUGCACGUCCCCUCAGGACAUGGACACCUCAGUGACUCCGCACGGCAUUAGUCAGGAAAGUGAGCCGGUGGAUCUGCGGGACCCGGAGGCGGAGCAUCAGAAGGAGUUGGAUGGCGUCUAUAAUCUUUUCUUUGUUAAUAAUAACUGGUACUUCUUCCUGCGGCUACACCAAACCCUGUGUUCGCGGCUGUUGAAGGUUUACAGACAGGCGGAGAGACAGUUACUGGAACACAGGGCGGAGCAGAAUCGGGAACGACUGCUCAUGGGAGAGGGGCGCAGGGAAAAGUCGAGUGACCUCGCUAUGGAGCUGCGCCUUAAACAGCCAAGUGAGGUGGAGUUAGAGGAAUAUUACCCAGCGUUCUUAGACAUGGUCCGCAGUCUACUGGAUGGAAACCUGGAGUCCACACAGUACGAGGACACCCUGCGAGAGAUGUUCACCAUCCACGCUUACAUCGGCUUUACUGUUGACAAGCUCGUCCAGAACAUUGUCAGACAGCUUCAACACCUGGUCAGCGAUGAGGUGUGCCUGCAGGUGACUGAACUAUACCUUGCAGAGAGAAAAAGGGGAGCUGCCGGUGGAAAUCUCUCCUCUCAGUGUGUUCGUUCCGCAUGGGAAGCCAGUUAUCAGUGGAAAGCGGAGAGAGUCAUGGCGGAGGAGAACUGCUUCAAGGUGAUGUUCAUACAAAAUAAAGGUCAGGUAACCUUAACCAUUGAGCUGCUAGACACUGAGGAGGCCCAAUGCGAUGACCCGCUGGAUAUUCAGAGUCUGUCUAAUUACAUGGAGCAGUAUAUAGGAACGGAGUCGAUGUGCUCUCAGACAGAAGGCUACUACUUCAAACCUGUAUUUCUACCCAGGAAUCUGAGGCAUUUUCGCAGCUGGCAGCUCAAGCAGGUGGAAGCCAUGCGCUGCAGGAGAGAAUGGCAUCGGAAGAUGGGCGUAGAGACGGCCGGAAAUCUGGACUGCCGAUUCAAACUCAACACGCACAAGAUGGUGUUUGUGAUGAACUCUGAGGACUACAUGUACCGCAGAGGAGCCCUGGUGAAGGCUCGGAGGUCCCAGCACAGGGUAGCGCUGGCCCAGCACGAUCGCUUUGAGCAGUGGCACCGGGGUUGGCUUGACGAGCACGUGGCCCCCGCCGCCGAGCGUGGCGUGCUGAGCUGGCUCAUGGGAGAGGAAAACGAAGACAUGAUUCCCUGCAAGACAACCUGUGUGUCCACACAGGUCAAAGGCUUACCUGUCAACAGGUACAAGGUGCACUACAACAACAAGGCCCCUGCUUCACCGUAACAAACCUGGUGUGGAUCUUUGUGUUUUCUCUCUCUAUCUGUCUUUCUCGAUCUCUCUCGUCUCUUUUGCUCGCUCAUGAUCACGGCUGAGAUGAAAGGAGCUCACAGACGGAUGGUAUGAGAACGGACAGCUGCUCAAAAGAGGAAACGCAUCACAUACUGUAAUCUCCACAUCAUGUCCAUCAUGACCGAUGCAGUUACCAGACGUUUCAAAAAUGUGAAUGUGCGUUUUUUUUAUGAAAUCCAUUGUAGUUUUUAGCUCCUGAAACCAGAGGUUUGUUUUGUUUAUACUGAAGUAUUGAGAGACUAGGUUUAAUGUCGACAACAUCCGUAUGUCUUUUUGUACAGCACAGCUCCAGCAAUUGCAUAUACAGCAGAUUUUUCUGUGUGCAUUCUUAUAUGUGCAUUUUCUUGCCUAUAAAUUAUGACUUUAAAAUGGUUUCUGCGGUGCACACUGGCAACUUCACUUUAAUGUCCCUGUUUUAGUUGUACGUUAUAUUCCGUUUUGUUUUCAUUGUCUCAAAUGAAUGGAGCAUCGCCAGUGUCACCCGUCAAUCACUGCUCAUGAUUUAUAGUCGAUUUUGUUAAACAUUCAGAUCAUGUAUGAUAUCGAUCUCGCCAAAUCGUUGCUUUCGUUUGGUGUAAUUUUUACAUAUUAAAAUGGAAAAAUGACAAAAUAUCAGUGUUUUGAAAAAAGAAUGUAUAACAUUUAUCCUGUAUCACUUAUCACAAAAUAAACAACCUAGUUGUG